AUGAGUGAAGAAUUCCCUACGCCGCAACUCCUGGACGAGUUGGAAGAUCCGCAGAAAAGUACUACAUCGAACGAGAAGAAAGAGUUAAGUUCUAAUCGUGUAUUGAAGGAUAUUUUUGCCGGUACUGUCGGCGGUAUUGCACAAGUUCUUGUAGGGCAACCAUUUGAUACAACAAAAGUUAGACUUCAAACGGCCACUACGAGGACAACAACGUUGGAGGUACUGCGUAACCUAGUAAAGAAUGAGGGUGUAUUUGCGUUCUACAAAGGUGCAUUAACACCAUUGUUGGGUGUUGGUAUAUGUGUCUCGGUACAAUUUGGUGUGAAUGAGGCCAUGAAAAGAUUUUUCCAAAAUUACAACGCUUCUAAGAACCCGAAUAUGAGCCCACAAGACGUAGAUCUUUCACGUUCAAAUACUUUGCCACUAUCCCAGUACUACAUUUGUGGGUUGACAGGUGGUGUGGUCAAUUCGUUCUUGGCAUCGCCCAUUGAACAAAUAAGAAUUCGUUUACAGACACAAACAUCAAAUGGUGGAGACAGAGAAUUCAAAGGUCCCUGGGACUGUAUUAAGAAACUGAAGGCUCAAGGUGGACUAAUGAGAGGUUUAUUUCCGACAAUGAUAAGAGCCGGACAUGGCCUUGGUACAUAUUUCCUUGUGUACGAAGCAUUGGUUGCCAGAGAAAUCGGUACCGGCUUAACACGAAACGAAAUCCCGCCUUGGAAAUUAUGUUUAUUCGGUGCAUUUUCCGGGACAAUGUUGUGGUUGACAGUAUAUCCGUUGGACGUGGUGAAAUCCAUUAUACAAAACGAUGACCUACGAAAACCUAAAUAUAAGAACUCCAUUUCCUACGUAGCAAAGACGAUUUAUGCAAAAGAAGGUAUCAGAGCUUUUUUCAAAGGGUUUGGACCAACAAUGGUUAGAUCCGCACCCGUUAAUGGUGCUACAUUCCUGACGUUUGAAUUAGUCAUGAGAUUUCUGGGGGAAGAGUAG